UUGGAUCUAGUAGAAGAAUGGGAAGUAUACCAAAAAAAGAGACAGAAAUAUUAAACAUGGCGGCAUUAAAAGAUGUAAGUUCUUUAUAUCAAAAUUUAAAACAAGAAUGGACGAAAACUCCGUGUAAUUUAAAAAAAUGCGGAGAAUUACUUAAUCAAUUAAAGGUCGGAUUAACUCAUUUAACAUUUCUACCUACUUCAAAUAAUAAUGCGUCACAAAAAGAAUUACUUAUUGCACGUGACAUUCUUGAAAUUGGAGUACAAUGGAGUAUAGCAAUGGAAGAUAUUCCAUCGUUCGAGCGUUACAUGGCUCAAUUAAAAUGUUAUUAUUUCGAUUACAAAUCAAGAUUAUCCGAAUCUGCUUAUAAAUAUCAAUUGCUUGGUUUAAAUCUCUUAUUUUUAUUGUCGCAAAAUCGAGUAGCUGAAUUUCACACAGAAUUAGAACUUUUGCCCUCUGACCAAAUUCAAUCGAAUGUCUAUAUUAGACAUCCAUUGAGUUUAGAGCAAUGUUUAAUGGAAGGUUCGUAUAAUAAAAUUUUCUUAGCAAAAGGAAAUGUACCGGCGACUUCAUAUAAUUUUUUCAUGGAUAUUCUUCUCAAUACUGUACGUGAUGAAAUUGGAGCCUGUAUGGAAAGUGCAUAUGAUAAAAUAUCCGUGAAAGAUGCAUCGAGAAUGUUAAAUUUAAAUGCAGAAAAAGAUACAAUGGCAUUUGCGACUAAGAAAAAUUGGAAAUUAUCGAAAGACGGACACUUUCAUUUUAGUACUCCAAGUGAAAAGAAAUCUGAGGAACCAAUACCAAGUUCAGAUUUGGCAACACUUGCAAUAGAUUAUGCCAGGGAACUUGAAAUGAUUGUAUAAAAAAAAAAAAAAAAAACUAAUGCUUUUUUUACAGUAACACAAUUUUCUGAUUUCAUCUGUUUUUAUUUUCUGUAAGUUAAAAAAAAUAAACAUCUCAUUUAUGUAAUCGUA